AUGGCCCAUGGACAUGGAUGUGAGCAUGGUCAGAGUAAAAUGGGACUUCCAGAUUACAAACAAUGGAAGAUAGAAGGGACAUCAUUAGAAACUGUCCAGGAGAGGGCUGCACGAGGACUAAGGAAUCCAUGGGGCCACAAUAAAGCUUGGAGAUACAUAGGUGGCUUUGCAAACAAUGUUUCCUUUGUUGGUGCAUUAUUAAAAGGAUUCAAAUGGGGAUUUGCUGCAUUUAUGGUAGCUGCAAGGGCUGAAUAUUACUUGGAGUCCUGGAAAAUAGAUAAGAAGCAUCACUGA